AUGACUUUGAUAAACUCAUUUACAGUAAACAGAAAUAAUGAGGUCACCCUCAUUGUGAUUGAUAAAGAAAAGAACAGCCAGUGUGCAGUUAAAUGGGCAAUGGAUAAUCUUCUAUACAAGGGAGAUUCAAUAUGCAUUUUUCUUUAUGUUCAAAGUCAUAACUUGAAUAGCAAGGAUGUUGCUACUGCUGCUAAAGGAGGUCGCCCGCCAGACAAUGAUGAAUUGGAGCAUUUGUUCCUUCCCUAUAGAGCGUUUUGUGCUCGAAAAGGGAUUACGGCGAAGGAGGUGGUCCUCCAUGACACUGAUGCUUCAAAUGCAGUAAUUCAUUAUGCAACUAGCAACUUCGUUGACAAUAUUGUUGUUGGUUCUUCCAGCCGGCAUGGUCUAAUGAGGAAAUUUAGAUAUCCGGAUGUGGCAUCCAGCUUACUCAAAUCUGCUCCAGAAACUUGUACAGUAUAUGUUGUAUCAUCCAAAGGAAAAGCACAAACAACCAGAUAUCCAAGUCAGCCUCAGUCACCAGUCAAUGACGACAAGAAGCAUCAGCCACAGUCACCAAAUGGUGAUGGCAAUAAUUUGAAGAAACAAUGUCAUAGGGACCUUCGCUCUUACCUUGAAUCUGAUACUGCAACCCCUGUUGAGAUAAACAGAAGUGAGCUUAGCUGUGACAGUCUGACAACAGAAGUAACUGACGAAAACUCCACCAGCAUUGAAACUGUGCAGACAACUGCACAUGGAAAGUUCAGUUCAAAUGUAUCAUCGAUUCUCACAGGAGAAAGUCAUAUGCCAGAUUCGUUCAAUAUGAAAUCAGUCUCAGAUAGAAGUGAGUUAUCAUUGUCACUUAGCUUUCAAUCAGCAGACAUAUCCGAGAAUUUAGAUAAUGCAAUUGCUUUUAAGAGUCCCGGAAAGUUUUUAUCCCCUCAACCACCAGCAACCACUGUAACCACUGAAAGCUUGGAUGCCGAGAUACAGAGGUUAAGGAUGGAAUUGAAGCAAUCCAUGGACAUGUACAACACAGUUUGUAAGAAAGCUAGGGAAGCAAAAGGGAGGAUAGAAGAAGCAAAAAAGUUAGAGAGAACCAGGCUUGUGGAAGUGGCUGCAGUGAAGCUUCAACAAAUGAAGCUGGAGGAAUCAAGAAAGUUAGAGGAAGCCAGACUUGCAGAACAGGCUACAUUUGAUAUGGUCGAGAUAGGGGAACAGAAUAGCAGAGCCGCCAGGAAAGCAGUACAGACAACACAGUAUCUAACAGACUUGAAGACUCAGAAAAGAAAGAUAACAGAAAUGAAUGACAUGUAUGAAGCAGAAGAAAAGAGGAGAGCAAGGGAAGCAUUGCCUCAGAAAAAUAUUCAGUAUAAAAAAUACACUAUUGAACAGAUUGAAACUGCAACAAAUUACUUUUCACCGUCGCAGAAGAUUGGUGAAGGGGCAUAUGGACCUGUUUAUAGAGCCAUAAUUGAUCACAAAGCUGUCGCCAUAAAGGUCCUGAGACCAGACAUAUCACAGGGACUGAAACAAUUCCAACAAGAGAUUGAGGUUCUAGGCAGCAUGACACAUCCAAAUAUAAUUAUCCUCCUAGGUGCCUGCCAUGAGUAUGGUUGUCUUGUGUAUGAGCAUAUGGAAAACGGAAGCUUAGAAGAUCGGCUCUUCCAGAAAGGUGACACUCCCUCAAUCCCAUGGAGCACACGUUUCAAUAUAGCUGUUGAGAUUGCCACUGGCCUUCUUUUCCUUCACCAAAACAAACCAGAACCCCUCGUUCAUCGUGAUCUCAAGCCUGCAAAUAUUCUUUUAGACCGAAACUAUACAAGCAAGAUAUGUGAUGUAGGCUUGGCUCGGCUAGUUCCACAAUCUACAGCUGAUAGUUUCACUCAAUAUUACAUGACAGAAGCAGCUGGUACAUUUUGUUACAUAGAUCCAGAGUAUCAACAAACAGGAAUGCUGGGUGUGAAAUCAGAUUUAUAUUCAUUAGGUGUGAUGCUGUUACAAAUUAUUACAGCAAAGCCUCCAAUGGGUCUGACCCACCAGGUCGAGAAGGCCAUUGAGAACAAAACAAUCUCAAGGAUCCUUGAUCCGACAGUGAGUGAUUGGCCUGUUGAGGGGGCAUUAUCUUUCGCCAAAUUGGCUUUGCAGUGCUGUGAGCUGAGAAAAAGGGACAGACCAGAUCUCGCCACAGUCGUGCUGCCAGAGCUGAUCCGGCUAAGAGAUCUUGAAUUGGAAACUGAAGCCAGUUACGGUGACUUAACUGUUCCAUCAAGUCCUAUCUAUUCUGUGCUUCCAGAAAUAGCAAAAGCAAAUCAGGAAGGAAUGAGAAACAAUCCUAAUGUGGAAAUCGAAAUUCAACGUAGAUCAAUAAGCGAAAGGGAUGGAAACUGCUGA